UACAAGGAGCGGAUCGGAGAAGACGUGUGGUGGGAACGAAGUUCGCCGAGCAUCUCCAAUGGCGGUCGCCAAGUCACUGCAACCCAAAAUCAUCUCUUCCUUUCUCGGAGACUUCUCUCUCCGAUCAACACAGCCGCUUCACCAUCUCUUCCGCUUCAACCCUGGAAGCAGGAAAGUUUCAAUGCGAUUAUCGAGAACCUUCUCCGGUUUAACCAAUCUUCUGUUUAAUAGAAGAAAUGAUGAUGAAAUGGUAGAUGGCGAGAGAAAACGUCUCAGGCCGGGGAAGCUAUCUCCUCGACGGCCCGUUCCUGAUCACAUACAAAAACCUCCUUAUGUCAAUUCUUGGCAACCACCCGGAAUUGCGAGUGGACCGGAAAUCCACGACAAGAAAGGUCAAGACGGGAUGAGAGCUUCCGGACAACUUGCCGCAAGGGUUCUAGAAUAUGCCGGGACUUUGGUUAAGGUAUUAAUAAUCACAUCCUACUGGCAGCCAGGCAUAACCACUGACGAAAUCGAUGAAGCGGUCCACCAAAUGAUUAUCGAGAAUGGAGCAUAUCCUUCGCCUCUAGGUUACGGGGGUUUCCCGAAAAGUGUUUGUACAUCAGUGAACGAAUGCAUUUGCCAUGGAAUACCAGAUUCCCGCCCGCUCGAGGAUGGUGAUAUAAUCAACAUCGACGUCACAGUUUAUUUGAAUGGCUAUCAUGGCGAUACAUCAGCAACUUUCUUUUGUGGAAAUGUCGACGAGGAAGCGAAAAAGCUGGUUCAGGUGACGAAAGAAUGUCUAGACAAGGCAAUAUCGAUCUGUGGACCGGGAGUUGAGCUCAAGAAAAUCGGAAAAACAAUCCAUGAUCAUGCAGAUAGACACAGCUAUGGGGUUGUCCGACAAUUUGUAGGCCAUGGAGUCGGACGUGUCUUCCAUGCUGAUCCCGUUGUUCUACACUUCCGGAAUAACGAAGUCGGACGCAUGGCUUUGAAUCAAACCUUCACCAUCGAACCGAUGCUGACGGUAGGAAGCAUCAAACCCGUGAUGUGGGACGAUAACUGGACGGUGGUAACGGAAGACGCGAGCCUCUCUGCUCAGUUCGAGCAUACCAUUCUGAUAACCGAAGAUGGAGCAGAAAUACUAACCAAGUGCUAGAAAGAAACCCAACUCGCCCCUCCCUUGUUGGAAGAGGGCUUCUCCCAGGUUAAUUUUUUGGUCAAGCCCCAUCAAGAAUCAAGAAUCAAGAUUCAAGAUUCAAGAAUCAAGAAUCAUCCAUUUGUGUUGCAGAUUAAAGCGACAUCACCACUUGGUUUUUUAUUUGAAUGUAGUAUUGGAUCAGGCACACAUCAAGAUUGCGGAAUGAAACGAGCAGAUUCAUUA